AUGGCCGAACCAAUUGCUAUUGUCGGGUCCGCUUGCAGGUUUCCAGGCUCUGCGAGCUCGCCAUCCAAGCUCUGGGACUUAUUGAAGGCACCAAAAGACGUGAUCCGCGACUUUCCCCUAGAGAGACUCAACUUGUCGAACUUCUAUAGUCAGGAUGGCGAGUACCAUGGCCGCACAGAUGUGCAAAACCAAUCUUACCUGCUUCAAGAAGACUGUCGUCUUUUCGAUGCUGCUUUCUUCCAGAUCAAUCCAAAGGAGGCUCAUGGCAUGGAUCCUCAGCAGCGAAUUCUGUUGGAGACUGUCUUCGAAGCCUUCGAAGCUGCAGGCUGGCCUUUGGAUACGAUCGAGGGAUCGCCGACUUCGGUAUACGUCGGCCUGAUGACUUCAGACUUCAACGACAUCCAAAUGCGCGAUCCAGAAACCCUUCCAACCUAUGCAGCGACUGGCCUGGCACGUAGUAUCCUAUCGAACCGGAUUUCCUACGUUUUCGAUUUGAAAGGCCCGUCCAUGACCAUCGAUACAGCGUGCUCCAGCUCCUUAGUUGCGCUCCAUCAAGCGGUUCAGUGUGUCAGAAAUGGUGACGCCGCUCAAGCCAUUGUGGCAGGUAGUACACUGCUCCUGGAUCCAUCAAUGUACAUCGCCGAGUCCAAGCUGCACAUGCUUUCUCCCGACUCUCGCUCGCGCAUGUGGGACAAAGAUGCCAAUGGGUACGCACGUGGAGAAGGCUGCGCAGCUGUUCUUUUGAAGCCACUCAGCAAAGCCAUUCAUGACAAUGAUCACAUCGAGUGCGUCAUACGAGAAACCGCUGUCAAUUCCGACGGUCGCACAAACGGUAUCACAAUGCCUAGCGCAUCGGCGCAGACGGCUCUCAUUCGACAGACCUACGAGAACGCUGGCUUGGAUCCCGUUACAGAUCGAUGCCAAUAUUUUGAAUGUCACGGAACAGGGACUUUGGCCGGCGACCCAGUUGAAGCUCGAGCCAUCAAAGAAGCUUUCUUUCCAGAUCGACGUGGUGUACAUGAUGACGAUCCCCUGUAUUGUGGCUCCGUCAAGACCGUCAUAGGCCAUCUUGAGGGCUGCGCUGGACUAGCAGGUGUCCUCAAAGCGUCCCUAGCCAUCCAGAACAAAGCGAUACCGCAAAAUAUGCAUUUCAAGCAGCUCAAUCCCGCAAUCGAGCCCUACUAUGAUAAUCUUCGCGUCCCAACUUCGUUAUUGCCUUGGCCCGAGACCAAUGGCAAGCCUCUGCGCGCAAGCGUGAACAGCUUUGGCUUUGGUGGUACGAAUGCCCAUGCCAUCAUCGAGAGCUAUCAGCCGCCUUCUGGAGCAACAACCGCGGAUCAGGAUGCAAAGAAUGCGGUCUCCCAAAUGAAAUUGGUGGGGCCCUUCGUCUUCUCGGCAAAGAGCCGCUCUUCAUUACUCCGUACACUAAAGGAAGUAUCGAGGCAUGUUCAUCUAAAUCCGUCAUUGGACCUGGACGCGUUAAGCUGGGUACUUCACUCAAGGCGGACUGCCUUUUCAAUGCGGGCAGCAAUUGCUGCCUCAAAUCGCCAACGAUUUCUGGACUCACUCGAGAAGCAAAUUAGUAUGGCCGAGGCCUCUGCUGAUGCCCAAUUUGGCGUUCGAGCGCUCGCCGUUGACCCGAUUCAUCAGCCUCCAAAAAUGUUUGGUGUCUUCACUGGCCAGGGUGCACAAUGGGCGACAAUGGGCCGAGAACUAAUGACCCAAUGCCCACUGUUUCGUGAGUCUCUUGAGAAGUGUGAAAGCGCGUUGAGGGCACUUCCGGAAGCGCCUUCCUGGUCGUUGACGCAGGAACUGGCUGCUGAGGGCACCGACUCGCGCAUUUCUCAAGCUCAGUUUUCACAACCGUUGUGUACAGCGAUUCAGAUCGCCCUCGUAGAUCUCUUGUGUGCUGCCGGCGUCAAGUUCAACGCCGUCGUUGGCCACUCGUCUGGGGAGAUCGGUGCAGCAUAUGCAGCUGGCAUCCUGAAUGCGAGGGAUGCCAUUGGGAUCGCUUAUUACAGGGGCUUCGUCGCCCACGUUGCCAAGGGUGCCGCAGGCCAGGAAGGCGGCAUGAUGGCAGUUGGAAUGUCGUUUGAGGAUGCGGCUGACUUUUGCUCUCAGCCCAGAUUUACUGGCCGCAUUGGGGUUGCCGCCAGCAACGCUCCUUCCAGCGUCACUUUAUCGGGUGACUUGGACGCCAUACGUGAGGCGAAAGCAAGUCUCGACGAACACAAGGUCUUUGCGAGGCUGCUCCAGGUCGACACAGCCUAUCAUUCGCACCACAUGCUUCACUGCGCAGGAUCGUACAUGGCGUGCCUAAAGCAGCUAGACAUUCGCGUUCAAUCACCCCGAGUGGACUGCAUCUGGUCUUCGAGCGUGUACGGGAAUGCGGAUUUGCUUCAGGGGCCGCUCGAUCAGCUCAAGGACCAGUACUGGGUUGACAACAUGGUUAGACCGGUUCUUUUCUCCCAAGCCCUGGAAUUUGCCUUGCUGUGCGGUCGCUCGUUCGCUGUGGCAUUGGAAGUUGGGCCGCAUCCGGCUCUGAAGGGCCCGGUGAGCCAGACGCUCAAGCCAACUGUCGCUUCUUCGAUUCCCUACGCCGGCUGCUUGGAACGCGGAGGAAAUGAUGUGGAGUCCAUGUCGGCAGCACUCGGACUACUGUGGAGCCAUCUGGGUCCCUCGUUUGUGGACUUCGGCGGCUGGCGAAAGGCUUUCCGUCGGCCAAGUCAACAGCGGAUGCUCAAAAACCUGCCCUCGUACGCGUGGGAUCACGAUCAAAUCUACUGGCAGGAGUCACGCCUCUCGCGCAACUAUCGUUUAGGCGGCCAAGUCAUUUUCCCAGGAGCUGGCUAUGUGAGCAUGGCCGUGCAAGCGGCUGAAGCGUUCGUCCAUGGUCGCACCAUGAAGAUGGUGGAGAUUCAAGACAUGAACAUACCCAGAGCACUGGUGAUUGAUGAGGACAGCAUGGGUGUUGAGACGCUCUUCACAGUCCGCAGCCGUGACCGUCACGAUGCCAUGGCUAAUGACUCCAUCUUGGAAGCCGAAUUCGUCUGUUACAGUUGUUCCGACGAGCGUGCUUUGGAUAAGAGCUGUGAUGGACGCCUGCUCAUACACCUUGGCCAACCUGCAUGCGGGGAUCUUCCGCCAAGCCCUAUCUCUCAGGCUGAACUUCCACCUCUCGAUGUUGAUAGAUUCUUCACAGCCAUCGCUGGUCUUGGGAUCGUUUAUGACGGAGUGUUCCGUGCCAUACGUUCCAUCAACAGGACGUGGGGCCACUCAAAAGCAUCCGCUUCAUGGGCCAGGGGUGAACUUGGAGAGCAAUAUGCGCUACAUCCCGCCAUCCUAGACGUUGGCUUUCAGACAGGCUUUGCCACCUUCGCCUCGAUCGCGGAGAAGGCAAUGGGAAGCACGUACCUGCCUGCCGGAAUCCGGCGUGUAAUUGUGGACCCCGCACAAAAUUAUAGGACGCCCUCGGGAGAAACCUGCAUUGGGAUCGAGGCCCACCUCACCAAGUCAACCAGCACUGUCCUUGAAGUAGACAUUAAUCUGUGGGACAAAUUGAGCAACGCAUCUGGCGUUCAAGUCGAUGGGUUAAUCCUCAAGGCAAUUGCAGAGCCGCAGCCUUCGGAUGAUCGGCUGCUCUUCGCAAAGACCGUUUGGGACGUCGAUGCCGCCUGCGGUUUGCCCAGCCCACCGCCAGCCGAAGUUACUAGGGAUGAGCUGGAGUACAUCGACGCGGUUGAGCGUACGGCUCUCUUCUUCAUGCAAAACUUGUUGCGUGAGGUACAUCCUGACGAGAUCGGAGCGUUCAAGUGGCACCACCAGGCCUUGUUCCGUGCCAUCAAAACGUUUCUAGGCCCAAUACGGGAAGGAUGUCAUACAGUCAUGAAGAAGGAGUGGUUAGACGACAGCCAUGAGACCAUCCGCGAGUUCGCCAAGCGGUAUCCGGACAGUGUGGAUCUCGCACUCUUGACAGCGGUAGGCGAGAACCUGCCUUCUGUGGUACGUGGCGAAUCGGAAAUGCUGGAACACAUGCUGAAAAGCAACUUGCUUGGCCGACUGUAUAUGGAAGGCCGGGGAUUCGCAGCUUGCAACGAGCAUGUCGCCGCUCUCAUGCGCAAAAUCAGCCACAAGUUCCCCAGGACGCAUAUCCUGGAGAUCGGCGCCGGCACAGGUGGGACGACUCGCAGCGUCUUGGACGCUAUUGGCAAUGCGUAUUCGUCGUAUAUGUACACUGAUAUCUCCGCUGGUUUCUUUGAGAAGGCAGCCGAGAAGUUCGCAGACCAUGUCCACAGGAUGGAUUUCAAGACAUUCAAUGCCGAGAAUCCCCCUGCUGAGCAAGGGUUUACUGAGGGAUCUUACGACAUUAUCAUCGCGGCGAAUGUGUUGCAUGCAACCCGUAGGCUGUCGCAGACGAUGCGGCAUGCCAGAUCUUUGUUACGUCCAGGAGGCUUCUUGAUCGCGGUCGAGGUCACAGGUAACAUGCUCCGCGAGCCCGGCCUAAUGGGUGGCCUGGAAGGCUGGUGGCUGGGUGUCAAUGACGGAAGGUUUCCAUGCCCUGGCAUCUCUGCUAAGGAAUGGCACGAUGUCCUCCAGGCGAGCGGAUUCUCUGGUAUUGACACCAUCAUCUAUGAUAUGCACGACGUCUCGAGACACAAUUGUUCUGUGUUCGUCACACAAGCGGUGGAUGAACGACUUGAUCUCUUGCGUGAUCCAUUGGCGUCAAUAGACCUUAUCCCGGAGGCCCGAGUGAUGAUCGUGGGAGGGCAGACACUGCACGUUUCCAAGGCCGUUCGCCGAGCAGAAAAGUUCCUUAGGCGCUGGACAUCGCAUGUCUCAAUAUGCGUCAGCAUUGAUGCGCUACAUUCAUCGGAAAUCAUGCCUGAAACUUCUAUUCUGUGCCUCGCAGAACUCGACCAGGCGAUUUUCUCGGAGGCAAUGAGCAGCAGGAGACUGGAGAACCUGCAAGAGUUACUAGGGAAUGCCCAGAACGUGUUAUGGGUCACAUCCGGCCGUCUUGCCGACGAUCCCUACUCCAACAUGAUGAUUGGCAUCGGGCGUGCUCUAUCCUUCGAGCUCCCACACGUGCAUAUGCAAUUCCUCGAUUUCGAUCAACAGUCAUCAUGGGACAUGGAGAUGGCUGUACAAUAUCUCCUCCGGAUGGUGCUUCUGUCUUCGCCCCCAUACCUCGAUCACAAUAUGCUCUGGGUGCAAGAGCCAGAAAUUGAAGUGAAUGGCAGUACAACGCUGGUGCCACGCGUGCUUCGAGACGACGCGGCUAAUGAAGGCUUCAAUGCAAAGCGCCGCCGAAUCACCAAGCUCGUGAAUCAGUCCGAGAGGAUUGAAGUCUUAUACGGCGCUUCGCAGUCCAGUCUCGUCAAGAGGGACCUUCAUGCGAUUCCGAAAGAAGAUUCUGUGGAGAUUGAUAUUGAGCUCUCUGUGGCUUUGCAUUCGCGUCACGAGAUGCCUUGCUUCUUGUGCUUUGGAUACUUGCGAGGAACUGGCCGGCCAGCGUUUGCACUAACCGAGACUGACUCUUCAACCGCGAUCGUGCAUGAAGGUGGUGUCUUUGAGCCGUCGAUGUCGAGCAAUUGCGAUUCUGAGAAGCUUGUUGCCAUGGGCUCCGCACUGAUUGCUUCCCAUGCACUCUCCAACAGCCCAACAAAUGGCACAAUACUAGUGCAUCAACCAACUAACGGCGUUGCAGAAGCGAUAGCCAAGGCCGCAACGUUGGCAGGACGCAAAGUGCUGUUUGUUGCAACCACUGCAGAGGAAGAACGUCCAGGCUGGAUUACCAUACAUCCCCUCGCUCAGACUCAGGCCAUUAGUCGACUAAUACCCAGCGAUACAAGCAUUCUGUUGCGCUUUUCCAGCGUGGGAGUGGACAACAUCUUGCCGUGCCUGCCCAAGGAUUGCGUGGCUCAGAAUUUCGAUCCCAGCCUCAUAUCUCACCAACAGACCACCAUUGCGGCAGCGUACGAGAUGGCACCAUCGGCGAGAGUCAGGGCUGCAGUGUCGAUUGCCAGCAUAAAUGACGCGUCUCGAGACCAUCGAAACAAUGAGCGCCUUUCUACCGUGCUGGAUUGGAAGCGAACGGGUCCGCUAAGCGUAACAGUGCCACCCCUCGACGCCCGUGGAAUCUUCUCUGCAGACAAAACGUAUUUCAUGGUCGGGUUGGCUGGCGAACUGGGCCAAUCUCUUUGUCGCUUCAUGGUCAACUGCGGUGCCCGUCAUAUUGCACUAGCCAGCCGAAAUCCCGUCAGCGAUGCAAACUGGCUUGCGGACAUGCGGGUGGCUGGCGCCGAGGUACGAGUCGUGAAAAUGGAUGUGACAGACCGGUCCCAGGUUCAGGCAGCGGCUUCCAUGAUCCGAGAUACUAUGCCUGAGAUCGCGGGCGUAGCGAAUGCUGCGCUCGUUCUCGAGGACACGCUGUUUGUCAACGCUACGGUGGCAAACAUUGAAAAACAACUUAAGCCUAAAGUUGACGGUACGAUAUAUCUGGACGAGGAGUUUUCCAAGGACAAUCUGGAUUUCUUUAUCGCUUUCUCAUCCUUAGGAAGCGUGUACGGCAAUGCCGGCCAGUCCAUAUACCACGCCGCCAACAUGUUCAUGAUGAGCUUGGUAGAAAAGCGAAGACGCCGAGGCCGAGCGGGAUCUGUCAUCAACAUCGGAAUGAUUGUGGACGUGGGAUAUGUCGCCAAGAGUGAAAGAGCCGGCACUAACAUUGAGGAACAUCUUCGCUCGCAGUUCUACACGCCCCUCGCCGAGACAGAGUUCCACCAUCUGUUUCUCCAAGCAGCGCUGUCCGGUCACCCAGACUCAGCCAAUGCAGAUGUGACCAUGGGCAUUCAGCCUUUCAUGGACGAUCCAGAAGCAUCCGUGAGACCGCAUUGGUACAACAAUCCCCGCUUCUCCCACAUGAGAUUUCCACCUACUUCCUCCGAUGGACGAUCUCAGUCAAGCUCAUCAACGCAGCAGUUGCGUAAAAAGCUUGAGAAUGCAGAGUCUGUCACUGAAGCUUCAGAAGCGUUCCAGGAACUCUUCUGUAAGAAGAUAGAAUCGAUGAUGAAGGUUCCAGCGGCAUCGAUCGACGUCAAUGAGCCGCUGUCUGACCUGGGACUCGAUUCCCUGCUCGCGGUAGAGAUCCGAACAUGGUUGCUCAAGGACAUGCACGUUGACGUUUCUGUACUCAGAAUCCUGGGCCGCGAUUCAAUAUCAUCUAUUUGCUCCAGCGCUGCGCGAAAACUUGUAGAGAACAGAGCAAAGGCUACUGAAAGCAAGCCGACUGGGAGAACACAGGACGUGCAGACUGAGGCAGAGCCUGCUCCAGCCGCUCUUGACAUGGACCAGAGCAACACCAUUGGUCAUUCUGACUCUUCUGCACCGAGAAUAGAAGGCUCUCAAGAGACUGGCUCUGCGGACUCUCUUCCACCGUCAGCUACCAUAACGCCCUCAGAAUCCGCCCCACUCUCGGAGUCCGACUCCCUCGAAAUGCACCAAGGUUUUACGACUUCCUCGGCUUCGUCAGUGUCCAACUUUCCUAUAACACCAGCGGAUCUGGCGGAGCCGAAAUUUGCUUUGGAGUAUAAGCGCACUGGACGCAUGUCAUUCGCGCAGGCAAGUCUCCAUUUCUUACACAGCUUCCUGGAUGACCCGACGACAUUCAAUGUUACCGCACAGUACGACAUUAGUGGGCACCUGAACGUCACUAGAUUUUCACGAGCAUUGGAAAAGUGUUUAGCCCGACACGAGGCUUAUCAAACUUGCUUUUUCACAGAUCCUGGAAAUCUCGAGCUGAAGCAAGGAAUUGCAUCCAACAUCAACAUGAACCGCUUCACGCACUCGCACUCGACGACGGCUGAAGAUGUCCAACACAUAUUCCAGAGCCUCGCUAAGCGUGAGUGGAAGCUUGCCAGCGGGCAGACAUUCCAAGCGAUAUUGAUUACUCACGCGCCGGAAUCGCACACCGUCAUCUUUGCCUGCCACCAUAUCAUCAUGGACGGUCUGAGCUGGCACAUCUUCCUCCAGGAUUUGAAUCGCGCCUACCAGAUGUUACCAUUAAAUACCAUCGCAAAUUCAUAUGUGGACUUCUCUCGCCAGCAGAUGGAGGCUCUGGACAGCGGACGGCUUGAGGAGUCCAUAGGGUACUGGAUGCGUGAGCUGGACCCGAUUCCAAGCGUGCUCCCACUACUGCCAUUUGCCCAGACGAGAAGCAGAAAGUCGCGGCGCGCGUACGGCAACCAUACCGUCCAAAGAGUACUAAGCGUCGAAAUGGUUCAGAGGGUCAAAGACGCAAGCCAAGUAUGCCAGGUAACCCCCAUGCAAUUCUACCUCGCCGUCAUGCAGACCCUCUUCGCUCGUCUCUUGGAGCUAGACGAGAUUUGCAUUGGCGUGACGGAUGCCGGCCGUGCUAAUGGAGACUUUGCCGAAACCAUUGGUCAUUUCACCAAUCUCCUGCCCAUGCGGUUCUACAUGAGCAGGGAACGAUCGUUUGCAGAGCUCGUGCAUGAGACGUCGCGAACGGUGUUGAAUGGAUAUGGCCAUGCGCACGUCCCCAUCGACUUGAUCCUGCAGAGGCUAGAAAUGCAACGGUCACCGGCGUACACGCCCCUCUUUCAAGUCGCCUUCAAUUACCGCAUCGGCGAUUUGCUGCACAGAACGUUAGGCAACUGUACCAUGGACUUGACCAAGUAUGUAGAUGCGAAGACGCCCUAUGACCUGACAUUCAAUGUUACCCAGACUGCACAGGGCGGCCACCUCGUGGAAGUCUCAUCCAGCGACUAUCUCUACUCGACAGCCGCCACAAAGAUGGUGAUGGAUACUUAUGUCGGCUUGCUGGAUACCCUAUCUCUCGACCAAUCGACCAAGGUGCAGGACUACAAGCUCUACAACGAUGCACAAGUCGAGCGAGCGCUGGGUCCAGGACGAGGACCAAGGGUGCAGCAUCCGUGGCCCGAGACCCUGACAGAGAGAUUUCAUCAAGUUCGCUCUGCCUUCCCAGACUCAGUCGCCAUCAAAGACGACGGGGGUUCCAUGACCUACGAGCAGCUUGCAUGUCGGGUCGGUGCGCUAGCAGCAGCUCUGAUAAACGCCGGCGUUGGCCCGGGGGCUCGCGUGGUGGUUCUGUGUGAGCCGAGUAUCGACACGUACGCUGCGAUGCUUGCCAUCCUGCACAUUGGAGCUGUAUAUGUUCCGCUCGACAUGAGCCUGCCAGCCGCACGGCAUCGUGCAAUGAUUGAAGUGUGCAAGCCGGAGCUGCUAAUCUUCCAUCCUGCAACCACUGCGGCGGCUGCUCAAUGUGGUCAUGGAGGCGAUAUUGCCACGCUGAACCUGUCCGAGGUGUCCGCGUCUGCUCAAGAGCCUCCAUCCGCGGCAGCCGUAAACGACAGCUUCUUGCUCUUCACCAGCGGCUCUACGGGCACACCAAAAGGCAUUAGGCUUUCCCAGGGCGGCAUCAUGAACUACGCUGCUUCGAAGAGCGCAACACUUGGCCUUGGGAGGGUUAAAGUGCUGCAACAGAGCUCCACAGGCUUUGACAUGUCUGUCGCUCAGGCUUUCAAUGCCUUCGCCAACGCGGGAACGCUGGUGGUUGCUUCCUCAAAAGCUCGUGGCGAUCCAAUCAUGAUCGCGCAGCUGAUGGUGGAUGAGGCCAUCGAGUUCACGAUAUGCACGCCUUCAGAGUAUCUCAUGCUCGCCACCUACGCCGCUGACUCUCUGCGGCAAUGCAUGCAGUGGCGACAUGCCUGUUCUGGCGGAGAGGCUGUCUUGGGCGGGCUCGUUUCUGAAUUGCAACGGCUAGAAUUGCCCGACCUCACAUUGACGGACUGCUACGGACCUACAGAGAUCUCGUGCGCCGCGACGUUCCGAACGAUACCUUUGAAACCUGGUGUCGAAGGGACUGGCGCACCUAACUCGGUUGGCAAAACCAUUCCGAACAUUUCUGUCUACAUCGUCGGCAAUGACUGUGAGGCGUUGCCGGCUGGGUUCCAUGGAGAAAUAUGCAUUGGCGGUCGUGGCGUUGCCAGAGGCUAUCUCGAUGCGAAUCUCAGCUCAAGCAAAUUCGUUCGCGAUCCAUUUGCAACAGCUGAUGACGUUGCCCGAGGAUGGAACGUCAUGUACAGGACCGGCGACAACGGUUGCCUGCGAGAGGAUGGAUCGCUCACGUUCUUAGGCCGAACCGACGGCGAUACUCUUGUCAAACUUCGUGGCCUACGCAUCGAGCUCAAUGAAGUUGCCAACGUCAUCUUGCACACCGCACAGGGCUCACUGGCUGACGCAGUGGUCACAGUCCGUGGCCAGCCUGAGUUUCUCGUAGCUCAUGUGGUGUUCGCGCGAGGAGAGCAUCUGAGUGAGUCCCAGCUUGACACGCUUUGCGCAGAUCUUCCGCUGCCCCGCUACAUGAUCCCUUCGAUGAUCAUACCACUGGACCGGCUGCCGACCUCGCCAAACGGAAAAGCUGAUAGGAAAGCUGUGGGAGAGCUUCCCCUACCGGCACGAAGUCACGAGAGUGACAAGAAAGUCUCGCUCACUGUGGCUGAGGGGGAGCUGCGAUUGGUCUGGAGAGCUAUUCUCGGCGAGGCCGCGGGCGCCGCCAACAUUCAGACAGACACCGAUUUCUUCACCAUUGGAGGGAGUUCCCUGCUCCUUGCACGCUUACAGAAUGCCCUCAAGGAGAGGAUGGGUGUACAGAUGCCGCUCCACGACCUCUAUCAGGCCAGCACGUUGGGCAAGAUGGCAGCAAUGACAAGCAAAGAAAGAAGCCAAGUUCUCACCGAGACAAUCGACUGGGCAGCAGAGACAUUGAUUCCUGCCCAUGUCCUGAACGCUGCCCAAGCCCCGGCCUCACCUGCGCCUCGGCGACACCAGCGCCACGUGGUCCUCACGGGCUCCACAGGCUUCUUAGGCUCGGAGAUCCUUGGGGCAUUGAUGAACGAUAACGACGUUGCGAAGAUCCACUGCAUCGCAGUGCCAGCAGACGCGCGACACAAGCUGCCAUCUUACGCUAAGGUAAUCGUAUAUUUGGGCAGCCUGCUGAGUUCCAACCUGGGCCUGUCAGGAAGAGAGGUCGCAUUCCUGCAAUCCAAUGUCGACCAGAUCAUCCACGCAGGAGCGCAGGGCCACUGUCUGAAUAACUACUCCUCAGUCAGACACGCCAACUAUCUCUCGACGCAAUUUCUGGUCACGAUGGCUCUUCCCCGACGGGUGCCGCUACACUUCAUCUCGUCUGCCCGCGUGAUCCUCCAAUCUGGCUCGUGUACCGCAGCACCAGUCUCGAUGGCAGCCCAUCCGCCACCCGCAGACGGCUCACAAGGCUUCACCGCCUCGAAGUGGGCAAGCGAAUGCUUCCUGGAGAAUGUGGUGCGCGAGACUGGCCUUCCAGUUGCGAUCCAUCGUCCCUGCUCGGUGAUCGGGACCAGAGCGCCGCAUGACGACGCCAUGAACUCUGUAAUCCGCUACUCAAUCCUCAGUCGGACGGUGCCCGCUGUCCCCAAUGCUGAGGGUUUCUUCGACUUCAAGGAUGUCGUUGCGGUGGCAGCAGAGAUUGCCCGUGAUCCCGUGGCAGAAAAAUCUAUCUGCUUCCGCCAUCACAGCAGUGGUGUCCGAGUGCCGUUCAGUCAACUAGCGCAGCGGAUGGAGAGCAUACAUGGGGGUAAAUUCGAGGAGGUCAGCAUGUCAGAUUGGAUUCGCAGUGCGGUCGAGCUUGGCAUUGAGGAUUUGAUUGUGAGUUACUUGGAGGCCAAUGUGGCGGGAGGAGCGAACUUGACGUUCCCUUACCUAGGCAUGUCAUGA